UUAAACAAAAUGGCACCAAAGAAGGACGUGAAGAAACCUGCUGCCGCCCCAGCCCCUGCCCCGGCACCUGCACCUGCACCUGCGCCUGCCCCAGCCAAACCCAAAGAAGAAAAAAUUGACCUCUCUGCCAUUAAGAUCGAGUUCUCUAAGGCACAGCAGGAUGAAUUCAAGGAGGCGUUUCUCCUGUUUGACAGAACAGGUGAUUCUAAGAUCACCUUAAGCCAGGUCGGUGAUGUCCUUCGGGCUCUGGGCACAAAUCCCACCAAUGCAGAAGUCAAGAAGGUUCUGGGAAACCCCAGCAAUGAAGAGAUGAAUGCCAAGAAAAUUGAGUUUGAACAAUUUCUGCCCAUGAUGCAAGCUAUUUCCAACAACAAGGACCAGGCCACAUAUGAAGACUUUGUUGAGGGUCUGCGUGUCUUUGACAAGGAAGGCAAUGGCACAGUCAUGGGUGCUGAACUCCGUCAUGUUCUAGCCACAUUGGGUGAGAAAAUGAAAGAGGAAGAAGUGGAAGCCUUGAUGGCAGGUCAAGAAGACUCCAAUGGCUGCAUCAACUAUGAAGCUUUUGUCAAGCAUAUCAUGUCUAAUUAAAUGGAGCUCUCAAGAUCAAGCAUUUUUAGGACAACUGGCUGGAAACUUAUUGCAAUAACACCCAUGACUCACUGCCCAGAUCUGCGUCCCAUCAUUCAGAAAACAAAACGAUGUGGACCGUUCUAGAUGGAAGGACUCCCUGAAUUUUUAUAUACUUCACGUUCCUCUAUGAAUUGUAUUCAUACCACACAAGCCAAGUGUCUUCCUGCUCUAGACAAGAAGGAUAAAAUACUCACAACCUCAAAUUCAAGCACCAUUCUUUAUUUUCUACCAUGGGUCAUUGAACAUCCUUAAAACACUAAAUCAAUAAAUAAUUCUGGUCAGUCGGGAACGUUCAAGUUG